UUUGAUUUUACUAUUUUGACUCAAGUUGCUUCGCUUUAAAAUUCAAAAUUUAAACGAUAUUUCCGUGCAAUACCCAUUAACAGUAUUAGACAACUGGCCAUGUCGCACAAGUGGUAUAGGCUCUCAAUCUCGGGCUCGUUCGCUAAUCCGCAGAACUAUGUUAACAUAUUGUCGAAUGCCAGGAUGUCUUCUUUCACGCCAACGCAAACGCCAAAAUAUAUGUCGGUUACGGGCAGUGUCAGCGAUCUGAGCUUGUCCACCUUGUCCCGCAUGUCUCUUUUGGGCAAACCAAGUGCCAAAAAGUUGACAAAAAAGCAAAUCCCGAAAAUGCCAAGGGUCAGGCAAAAAAAAAAUGAAUCAUGCGUAGCCCAGUGUCAGCAGAAUCAGUGCACGGCAGAAGAAUCCCAGCUGAUAAGAAACUUUAUCAGAGAAGUGCGCUAUCGCGAGCUCAGGCAGUACUAUGCCAAAAUGAUUGCCGCCGAGAGAAGCUGGCCAUCGUAUAUACCGAUCUGUUGCAUGUGUUCCGGGUGCGGAUUACCCAAGUUUAAAGCACCGGCCAAGGAUAUACGUCACAAUGUCUAUUGUUGUGGACCUGAAACUAUGUGCUAAGCGCAGCAUUGGCUCAAGUUUCUCGCUGCUGCACUUACCUGCCAAAGAUGCUUCUCUUGAUCCACCCACUCACCGGCUAGGUAUCUGUGUGUGUGUGUGUGUGUGUGUGUUUAAGAGCAGCACCUUUGGCAUAUAAGUUUCUUAGCCAUCGUACCAGCUUCCAUCUGUAUAUACUUAUAUAACAUUUGUUCAAUUAUAAUAAAUCACAUGUGCGUUCGAGA